AUGUCUCCUUCCCCUCAUCAUCGAAUUCAGGUUAAUCCUAAUCUUACACUUCAAGAUCGAUUGGUGUUAAAUGGUCUUCUUGAUGAUAUCAACGCUAGGGAAACCAAGGAGAAGUUGAAAGAAGUUGGACAGUCAGAGAAUGAACAUGUUGGAAAUGGAUCUGUAGUCAAUCAAGUAGGCCUACCUAAAGACCAAGAUCUCAUAACCCACCUACGUUCUCUCAAUAACCCAAACCAUCAUUCGUUCCAACCUACCAUCUUCCAAACCUUCGAUAUCUCACCCCACUCCCUCUCCACCAACCCAAUCCUCCGAACUUACACUCGACUCGCUACCAAAAUCAUCCGUGAUCCAAAAGAUAUCGUCAUCUUCACUCAUCUUCUCCUCUACUUCUCCACCUCAUUACCCAGUACCAUCUACCUAUAUAAAAAUUUCACUUAUCUCCACGGUAUGAUUCACACCCUCAUGCAAAUCUGGUACGCGGGUGCCUACACUUUAUUGAAACAUCAACACAUACAUAUGUCUGGAGUUUUAAUAAAAUCCUUUCCAUGGAACAUUAUCGAUCAAACUUUUCCUUAUAUCUUCGAUCCUUUACAUGGACAUACUUGGAACUCAUAUUAUUAUCAUCACGUAAAACAUCAUCAUAUCGAAAGUAAUGGACCUAAUGAUUUAUCCUCAACAAUUCGUUAUCAAAGAGAUUCGAUUUCACAUUUCCUUCAAUAUUGGGCUCGAUUUUUCUUUUUGAUAUGGAUAGAUUUACCUUUAUAUUUCUUAAGGAAAAAUAAACCUAUUUCAGCUUUCAAAGCUUUAUUUUGGGAAAUAUCAAAUUACUUUACCAUUUAUUUCCUUUAUACGAUAAACACCCGAGCGACGAUUUUCACUUUGGUAAUACCAUUGGUGGUGAUGAGAUUAGGUUUAAUGAUAGGGAAUUGGGGUCAACACGCUUUCGUCGAUGACAUAAAUCCAAAUUCAGAUUAUCGUUCUUCUAUCACUCUGAUAGAUGUUUCAAGUAAUCGUUUUGGUUUUAAUGAUGGUUAUCAUACUUCUCAUCAUUUAAAUCCGAGAAGACAUUGGAGAGAUCAUCCUGUUUCUUUCAUGGAAGGAAAGAAAAAAUAUUCGGAUGAAAAAGCUUUGGUUUUUACAAAUAUAGAUUAUCUCAUGAUUACUUUUACUUUGUUAAGGAAGGAUUAUAAGAAAUUGGCGAAAUGUUUGGUCCCGAUUGGAGAAGAACAAAUGAAGAUGAGUUUGGAAGAGAUUGAGGCGAUGUUGGAGUCGAAAACGGCUGCGUUUAAUGAGGAUAAGAUAAAGGAAAAGUUUAAGAGUUGAGAAUUUGAGGUAGGCGAAAAGGCUUGGGGGGGGGGAAGGUUUUCCAUCAAUUGUUCAUGUUUCCAAUCACAUUUCACGUCAUACACUUUUCAUCGUACGAAAUUCUGUACAUUGCAUCUCUCAUUUCAAAUCAUAACAGUCAACAUGAAAACAUAAUAUGCAUCAUUGACAAGAC